UCCUAAGGUCGGGGAUUUUUAUUCCGGGAUUCGUAUUCUAUUGUAAAAUACAGGAUUCAUCUAAAACUAUUAACUAAUCUGAAUUAUUCCAUACGAAAUAUUACCCCGUAAAUCUAGUAGGUAUAUACAAAAGAUAUAAAAUAUGUAAAUUGAACAGAAUUAUCGUUUUAAGUGUAAGGUUCCUAUAUUUUACAAUAGAAAUAGGUAAUAUAAGCCUGCUCGUUGAGCCAUAGCAACGAGUAGGUAGGUAGUAACAACAAAUACUUUAUUAGCUUUCGCCAGAAGUACAUAUAGCAAUAACUGAAUAACUUAUUUGUUAAGUACUUAUAAGCAUUAAAUAUAAAAAUACACUAAUAUUAAUAUGUCUUACAGGGAUUUAUUUAAAUUCACUGAAGUCAUGAGAUCAUUAGGAUAUCAUCAACAGAUAUCUAUGGAUAGUUUUCAUAGUCCAAAUUUUAGUUUAGUGUCUGAAAUUUUAUUUUGGUUGGCUUUACGUUUUGAGCCUGACACUAAUUUACCACAAGAAAUUGAAACAUCUGAACAACGAGUUUAUUUCAUUCGCUCAAUUGUAGAAUUUUUUGUUCUCAAGACCAAUAUCAAGUUAAAUGUAAAGAAAUUAUAUCAAGCUGAUCGAAAUGCAGUGGGUGAACUAUUAAAAAUAACUGAUUUGCUUAAUGAUGCAUUAAAUAAAAAACAAAUUUAUGAGGAUGAAGGUUUUACCAAAUUGGAAACUAACUUAACUUAUAAAGCCAAUGAACUAAAAACGACAAGAGAAUUGGCUUCUAAAAUUACUCAAAAAGGUGCUGAAUUAUUUCGUUCUUUAGAAGAAGAAAGCGAACUACGGCCAAUUAGAGAUAGUCGAGUUAAUGCUGCAUUGGAUAUUAAUGAAGUUGAACAAAGCCUUAAGACACUAAUUCAGAAAACAAAAAAAGAAACUGAACAUACUAGAGAUUUGAUAAAAAAUAUUUCUGCAACUGAAGCCAACCUGGAUGCAAAAAUUACAAAACGGCGAGAAGAUUUAGAAAGAAAUUCAAAGAGACUUCAAACUUUGAAACAAGUGAGGCCAGCCUUCUUAGAAGAAUUUGAAGAUUUAGAAUCUGAACUCAGAAACUUGUAUCAAGAAUAUAUUACAAGACAAAGAUGUAUAAGUUAUUUAGAACAUCAACAAGAACAGGUCGCUCAGGCAGAACUAAUACAUAUACAAGCACAACAAGAAUUAGCAAAAAAAAUUAUUGAAAAUAAUAAACAAGAUGAUGAUUUAAAACUAUUGGAAGAGGUUAAUAAUGAACCAUAUAAUAACCAACUUUUAGAAAAUACACCAGAUAUUAGUAUUAAAGGGAGAGUUAGUAGUGCAGCUACAAGUAGAAAUCGUGGUAUGUUUGGCCGCUUAUCAGACAGUGAAACAGAUUCUGAUUUAAUGUUGGAUGAUGAAGAAGAUUCCAAUAUAAUGGCAUCUGACGGAGAACUUUCAACUUCUAGAGCUGAAAAACUAGGAAGUAUUCACAGUGAUAGUGUUGAUAGUAACGACUAAUAAGAUUGAUUAUAUUUUAUAUUAUAAAUCUAAA